UAGCCUGAAAUAUUAUUUGUGAUUCAAAUAUUGAUGGAAGAAUAUGAUAGACCAUAAUAAUAACUAAAGGUAACUUUGCGCACCGGUUACCUGUAGGCCUACUUUACAGUUUUUAUGCAAAACUUGCGGCAGGUGCAUAAAUCCUGGAGAAGCUUACCUGCCGGGAUGAUUGAUAGCAGCGCCGCUUAAAAUCGUCUGUGUCGUAUUUAUCCCCCACAGCAAAUGAUAAAUAUAGUCUACUAAUAAACGUUUGACAUUAGUUCUCUCUGUGUACAGCAGCGCCGCUUAGCCCCGCCCCUUUCGUGAAGGAGAAGCUUACCUGCCAGGUGAGGGGGAUGACUGACAGCAGCGCCGCUUAGCCCCAUGCCUUUCGUGAUGGAGAAGCUAACCUGCCGGGUGAGGCGGAUGAUUGACAGCAGCGUCCAUAUAGCCACGCCCCUUUUCGCGAAAGAGAAGCUUACCUGCCAGGUGAGGCGGAUGAUUGACAGCAGCGCCGCCCCUCUCCCCACGCUCACCUACAGUAAGUCACACAGGUAAAGGAGAUACGCGGCUUCGCUUAUCGGGCCGAGCGCCGCCAUGGCCGAAUCCCAGCUGGGCAUCCUGGACGACUGCCAUGUGAACGAAAAGGUGCCGGAGUGGCGACCCGAGUUUUACUAUAGCGAGGAGCAGCGGGCGGCCAUCGAGCAGCUGCUGCGGCAUGGCGAUGGCGCCUUCAAGAUGCAGCUCCGCGACGACAACGCGAAGGACUUCCUAUCGGCCCGGGAGGUGAAGACCAUCCGGGACACGCUGCAGCCCUAUGCCGCCGACGGCGACGAUUCGAGCUGCGGCUCCCCCACGCACUCGGGGCUUCCGUCCACCUACUGGCCGCAGCUGUCGGACACGGAGCCGCCGCCUCUGGACAUCGGCUGGGCUGACGGGGCAAUUUACAGAGGAGCGACCCGGGUCUCGGUUCACACACAUCCGCCCAAAGACAGGGGACCGCACAUUAAAGAGGUGGCGCGCAGGAUGAUCCAGGAGUCCAGUAAGGUGAUUGCUGUGGUCAUGGACCUCCUCACCGACCUGCAUAUCCUCCAGGACCUGCUGGACGCCAUCGUCAAGCGGAGCGUGUCCGUCUAUGUCAUCCUCGAGGUCAGAGGCGUGCCGCACUUCCUGGACAUGUGCAGCCGGCUGCAGGUCAUGGCGCCGCACCUGCGGGGCAUGCGGCUGAGGUCCGUGCAGGGCUGCGGCUUGGCUCUGUCGCUGGGGCGCCUGCCCGGCUCCCUGGGCAGUAAGUACAUGCUGGUGGACGGGGAGAAGGUGAUGUUCGGCUCGUACAGCUUCACCUGGAGCUGCUCCCGCCUGGACCGGAACGUGGUCACCGUGCUGACAGGCCAGACGGUCGACGUGUUUGACACCGACUUCCGGGAGCUGUACGCCGUCUCCCAACAGGUGGACCUCUACAAGGAGUUCCACAUGGCCAAGCCGGCCGUGCCAGUGCCCGUCUGGCCUGCGCUGGACCACAGGGUGCCCCCGACGAUGCCAGCCUCCCGAUUCCAGCAGGAGUCCGGCCAGGCUCGGCUCAAGGUGCCGGCCCACAAGUACCACAACCCCAAGUACUCCUUGGUGGUGGGGAACAGUUUGGGCCUGGCAGUUUCCCUGCAGGACCUGACCAUGAUCAGGGAAGCCCUGGGCACUGAGGAGACUUGCCCUGACCUCCAGGAGGUCAACCAUCAGAACCAUGACAGAUUCACCCCUGGGGUGGAUAGCAGUGGUACGGCACCAGCCAGUGGAAUCAGGGCAAUGAGGUCACAUGCCUCCUUCAGGAACUUCCCGAAGGGGAGGUCGGCCAAUCAGAAUGGAGUGGCAGAGGGUGAGGACACGCCCAACCCUUCAAACCCCUCCCCCGACACGGACGCACCAGACAGCGCCGACUCCGAGGAACUGGAGGAGGACGGCUUCAAGGUCAUUUUCUCGGAGAUGCCGGCGCAGCUGAAAGGGAAACUGAGAAAGCCCUCCAAGCUGAACCAGAGAAGCGUGUCCCUGCAGGCGGUGAACGUGGUGGAUGAAGGCUUUAAAGGGCGUCGGCGGCACUCGAAGAAGCCUUGUAUUCAGUCCUGAGUAAGAGAAGCGGGGGGGUCCAGCCCUGACACCCCUGAGACUUCAGUGGAUAAAAGGCAGGAGCAGGUGUCUGCCUGUGAAGUCUGGCAGUAUGUGCAGCGUGGAACCACACGCAUCCCGUAGAAAGCCGGUCUGAUGUUCCUGCGGCACCCUUUUCCACUCACACAGAUGGCAGACACCCCCGCCCGCCCUGAAAAGUGGUGCAGUCCACAAGGUCAACAGUAUCACAUGUCACGGGUGGCAACUUUGUAGCAAGACAAAUAUUCGGUUGCUAUGUUGCCAUGUCUCACGCAUCCUGGGGGGGGCGGCGGCAGUCUAAUGUUUACAAACAGCACAUGGGAGCACCAUGCAUGUGGGACACCCCAGUUAAACCAGGACUUCUGAGCGAGACACUGGGGUCCCAGAUACCGGAACAUUCUUCUGCUGGAUGCUGCACAAUGACAUCGAUCUAUGAUGAAUUUAACAAUAUAUGAAACAAAAUAUGAAAUAACUCAUAUUAUUAUAUAUAAAAUGACAGUAUUGUUUUGGGUGAUAAAUCUGGGCAUUAAUCAAACGUCUUGGCAUUUUUUAACAAUGCAAAACCAUGACUGAAUUCUCCAUCAUUUGAUGUGAUGAGCACAGCUGUACUUUUUUGGUUUCCGGUAAAAGUCUGUUUGGCAUCCAAGGCCCUUUGACUAGCGAAUGCAAUGCUGAAUAGUUUCCAGCAGGUGGCCUCGCGUUUAAGAAACCACCGAAGGCACCGAGAAAUAACAGAAAUAUCAUGGGUAAAAUCAGUUUUGCUCUCAGUACACCCGGCUGUAGCAGGUUAAAAACUUCCUGAAGUAGCGGAAGAAACCGAAACCGUUUGCUCACCGUAAUGCACGCUGCCUGAUCGUGCGUGUUUAUGGAUGUGCACGCCCAUAACUGUCUGUCUGAUUCUGUGUAUACGUGUACCGUAUGCGUAAGGUAUGUACCUAUAGUGUUGAAGUGAAAGACUUCACAGUACAACAAAGGACGGCACCUUGCUCAGGUUAUGUCAGUAGUACCUUACUGGCCGAGGAUUCAUACAAUAUGCGGUCUCAAGUAUAAUUUCUUAAGAAUUAGACCAUGCAUAUGACCAUGUGCUCGCCCGACGGCGGGCAGUGUGGGCGUAGUGUGCUGUGCUGUGCAAUUCGGUGAGACUGAGCGCAGCCCGUCUUACCUUGCUUAUCGCCCUCGAUCUACCCGGGCGGGGAGCGAAACGGGGCGGCGGAAACACACAGGAAGCGGAGGUGGGAAGGAAGUGGAGCGGAGCUGUUAUUGAUGGGGCCAACAUGGGGUAUUUGAGGGGGUAAAUAGUGCAUCGGUUUUAAACAGGCAGCAACCUUAACCUGCAUAUACACAGUCUGGGUCACAGUUUAAGCGACUCUGUCUAUAACCAGCUUUGUUCAACACGCUGCAUUGAGAACCUCUGGCCAGGACUGAUAACCCUCAGCUCUUUAAACCGGUACAGUUGCUACGUGCCUUACUCUGAAAUGUGAACUGAAACAAUAUGCUCGCCAAAAAAAGAUCUUAACCGCCCCCCUCUGCCGAUAAUCCUGCGUCACAUAAUCAAAUCAUCAGAUGAACCGUAUAUCCGCUCGUCUCCAAGGCUUCGCCCCAUCAGACCCAUAGACUGUCAGUAACAGCAUUCAAUGAAGUCACGGAAAAAUUACCAGUAGCUGCCAUCUGCUGGCUGAUACGUGAACUACAAGGCUACAACCACAUCCGGAAAAUCUAUGGGGAUGUGCAUUCUAUUCCGUCUUAAAUGUGGAAAAACUGUCAAAUCUGUAAAAUACUUUUGCAUAAGAGACCAACACCACCUCAUUUAUUCCCAUUUAUUCCAUUGUCUCAGCAUGCAUCUCUGUAACCCCGCCUCGGGUGAUCUUCCGAAUCAUUAACGUCCUGAAAGGACGACCCAGGCUGGACCGCGGCUUGUCUUGGGGCAUCUUUCCUCCGCUUCCUGAUCGGCUGGGCAUGUGGCAAGCUACAGCUGUACCGAUACCUGCGCGCAUGCGUGUUUACUGUGCGGGGCUGGUGCAGGUCUGUCUGAAGCGAUAAGCUCCUCCUUGCAUUCUCAGCUUUCAGGCCUGUGGUCUGUGAUGCGUUUCUCAUUAAACCCGAGUACGCUUCUGCUAACUGCGCUUAUAUAUAACACAACUGAAAGCUAACCCAUUUCUGCAUUUCGCUCCCUAUGCAUUUGUAUACUUCAGUGCUGUUAUUUGUGUCUGACAAACAGUGUGGUUAGUAAAUCAUAAUGCUGACUGAUUUUUUCUUUCUUUUAGAAUUACAAUUUUAUAAUGUGA